AUGUCCGCCGCUGCUGGAUCCUCUCCACCUCCUCCGCCCCCUAGCGGCAAUCCCAACAAGAACACUGGCCAUGGAUCUUCUUCGUACCCCAACCUCAAGAUCCCUCUCUCAGGAGACGGAAGCACUCCCCAGAAGGCUGCUUGCGCAGGUAUCAUGUUCCAACCACCUGGUAUCACCAAGAACUACGUCGUCGACGGCGUUGGCCUCUUCCCUCGAUACCGUCGUACCCGCGUCGAGGAAGCGCGUGAAUAUGCUCGACUGUCGUAUACAAUCCUCGAUGGGAAGACCUACGAGGUUAUCCCCAAGUCUCAUAUCCCUCCGGGUCCCAUUGGCAACCCCUCUAUGCCGGCCGCUGCGGGUAUCGUAGCUCAGAUGCAGGACAUUGCCGCUCACGAUAACGCACUUGCGACGGGUUCGGGGGCAGCAACUGAUGCUUAUAACGCGCUGCAAGUUCACCACGGCGACGCCUUUGUAGACGACGACGUCAACACUGGCAACUCAUCGGAAGACGCUGCUGAAUCGUCUUCAGAUACGUCUGGCGACCGCUCGGCUGGUGCUUCUUCUACGGACUAA